CGGCCGCGGCCCCGCCCCUCCCGGCGCCCCGCCCCGUCCGGCAGCGGCCUCUCUACCUCUGAUCCCCCCGUGCCCGGGACCCCCGGUCCCACUGUUGCGCCAGCUCGUCGGGUCCGGCCAUGGGCCCCGCCGCUCGCCCCGCGCUGAGAUCGCCGCCGCCGCCGCCUCCGCCGCCUCCGUCGCCGCUGCUGCUGCUGCUACCCCUGCUGCCGCUGUGGCUGGGCCUGGCGGGGCCCGGGGCCGCGGCGGACGGCAGCGAGCCGGCGGCCGGGGCGGGGCGGGGCGGAGCCCGCGCCGUGCGGGUGGACGUGAGACUGCCGCGCCAGGACGCUCUGGUCCUGGAGGGCGUCAGGAUCGGCUCCGAAGCCGACCCGGCGCCCCUGCUGGGCGGUCGCCUGCUGCUGAUGGACAUCGUCGAUGCCGAGCAGGAGGCGCCGGUGGAAGGCUGGAUUGCAGUGGCAUACGUGGGCAAGGAGCAGGCGGCCCAGCUCCACCAGGAGAAUAAGGGUAGUGGCCCGCAGGCCUAUCCCAAGGCCCUGGUCCAGCAGAUGCGGCGGGCCCUCUUCCUGGGAGCGUCUGCCCUGCUUCUCCUCAUCCUGAACCACAACAUGGUCCGAGAGCUGGACAUAUCCCAGCUUCUGCUUAGGCCAGUGAUCGUCCUCCAUUAUUCCUCCAAUGUCACCAAGCUGUUGGAUGCACUGCUGCAGAGGACCCAGGCCACGGCUGAGAUCACCAGCGGAGAGUCCCUGUCUGCCAAUAUUGAGUGGAAGCUGACCUUAUGGACCACCUGUGGCCUCUCCAAGGAUGGCUAUGGAGGAUGGCAGGACUUGGUCUGCCUGGGAGGCAGUCGUGCCCAGGAGCAGAAGCCCCUGCAACAGCUGUGGAAUGCCAUCCUACUGGUGGCCAUGCUCCUGUGCACAGGCCUCGUGGUCCAGGCCCAGCGGCAGGCGUCGCGGCAGAGCCAGCGGGAGCUCGGAGGCCAGGUGGACCUGUUUAAGCGCCGCGUGGUGCGGAGACUGGCAUCCCUCAAGACACGGCGCUGCCGGCUGAGCAGGGCGGCACAGGGCCUCCCGGAGCCGGGUGUUGAGACCUGUGCUGUGUGCCUGGACUACUUCUGCAACAAGCAGUGGCUCCGAGUGCUGCCCUGUAAGCACGAGUUUCACCGAGACUGUGUGGACCCCUGGCUGAUGCUCCAGCAGACCUGCCCACUGUGCAAAUUCAACGUCCUGGGGAACCGCUACUCUGAUGAUUAGCUGCCCAGCUGGACUCUGCACGUGGGGAUGAACCCUUCCUGCCUGCUCCCCGGUCCUCAGCCUGGGCUCCCAGGACAGGACAGGAUGGGACAGCAGGAUAGACAGGACAGCAAGUCCAGUGGGUGGGAGGAAGGAUGAGGGACCCACUGUGUCCAUACUGGGAAGGGGGGCUCCACAGCUACAGGCUGGGGAUCUAGGGCCGGGACCUGUCAGUCAAGGAAGAGGUCACUUUGGGACCUUCUCUGCAAUCCUGUGACGUGAGUCUGCCCUCCUCGCAGGCAGCUCUCAGGUCAACAGGGAAGGAGAAUAUGGGGCCAGUGUAGCUGUUCCCAGGGUUCCGGGGAGCUCCCUGUGGCCUGUCUGGGAAUCCCUGGAGGCUGAGACUACAGUGGCCAGGUUUUGUGCUUAUUUAUUGGGGGGUGGGUUGAGGGAGGAGCUCUCUGGCCUUGGGGUACCCUGGCCUGUCUUUCAGGAUACGUCUUGGUCAAGGCUGUCUGCCUGUUGCCCUUGGUCCUUGGGCACUGGGAGCCAUGGGUCCCACUGCCUGUCCAGCCUGGCUCCCUUCCUGGGCCCGGCUAGGACCAGAGGCCUUAGAAACCGUCCUGUUCUGGACUCCUUGGCUGCGGCUUUGUGUUGCCGACCGGGAUACUCGAAGCCACAGGAUCAAUGUGGUGCCUCAUCCAAGGGCAUCCAUUUUUUUUUUUUUUUUUAAAGAGGUGGGGUAGGGAAGGUUUAAUAGUAAAAUAAACGUGGCUAUAUUUUAACAUAAGAUG